ACCGAGCAGUUAUUUCAAGAUUGGACCGCUUGUGGUGCAAUACUACGGGAGCUUUUAAAAUAUCAUAGACAAAUCUAAAUUUAAUAGUUUGAAAUCCUGAUUUCCUCUGAUGCACCGACUCAAUGAAAUGUGGAUUUGAUUACUUCGUCCGUAUUUAAAGUCUUCGGAAGGUCAGCAUAAGCUUCAUUCCCUUGGGGAACCUUGCUCCUCGAUAGACAUGGAUGUGUGCCGUUCAUUGGUUUGUUUUUCCGGGUCAGGAAUGAGGAAAAAAAUGGAGAAAUACUGAAGUGUUCCGGCAAUACUUGAUAAAAGAACAAGUCUAGCACAUGGCGUAAAUGGUGGUGCAGAUAUUAUCUUUUCUAUAAUAGAUGCUGUUCUCUCACAACAACAUUGUUUUAAAGGAGAAUUAAGAGAUAUGCGUUAUUGUCUAACUAGCGAAUCACUUAUCGCACGCGCGAAAUAAGUGCGUAAAAUGGAAGAUUGGAAUACAGCUAUUGUUCUACUAUAUUCCAAGUUUUGCCGAUCAAUUUUUAAUAUCGCUUAAAUAUUUACAGCGUUUGAUAUCGGGCAACUUUCAUUAUCUAACAACCAUAGAGACUUUUAAGCGUUUUUCACACUAAAGAUCAAUGAAUUGGUGGUUUUAAACGAUAAGGAAAAAUCUUUCAUCGUUAAUGUGACGUUUUUCGCGCCUGAGUUCUGGAUGAAAGGUUAACGAGGUAUAUCCCAUGUGGCUGUGCGAUCAGAGUAUGGCUAUCUCCCGCUUGAACAGGUGCUUCAUAACAAUGCAGAAUCCACUCGACUAAGGAAGACCGACCUACAAAUCCAAAGCAUAUGAAGAAAGCCGUAACUAUUGUAAAAAGCUUGUUGAAAUUUCCAAAAUUAAGGAGAAAAAACGAUUUACAAAAAACCGAAUCGGAGCAGGAAUGCGAAGCAAAACCUAAACUUCCAGAGAUAACGAUUUUUAGACCUUGUGAACGAUGCGUACUGAUUUAUGAAAACAGCGUGUGGAAAUAUAUUCACAAAAAGCAGGCACAAGAGGAAUAUUGUCAUCUCGAGUGGUGUGACAAAGAUGAAGAAGAACCGAGCUUCGAAGCGACGGACAAAACUCCGUCUGCCGGCCAAAUUCAGGGUUUUUUUCAACAUCAUGGACUCGUGAGGAAAAACCAAGACAUUCCAGUGUGCAUUGAUAAAAGUUGCAUGAAUUCAGCAUGUCUUCGAGACCAUGUUAUUUGGGAAUGCAAAUCUACUCAUUUAAAUAUGCCGACCCAUUACCCAGCUUUCGUGUUCUUGGUUCAAUCAAACGAGAAAUGGUCGACACCGGUUUUGUAUGAAGACAUGGAUAUUAUAUUAUUUAGGAUGAAUUUUUCUACGCUUUGUUCGAUUUUAAAUUGGAAUUCGGUUCAAGAAUGUGGUGCAGGAAUAAAUAUGGAAGCUUGGGUUGUGAUUUCAAAGCUGUACCAAAGGACAGUCACUCUUGAAGUUGAGGAAAACCUUGUCCAUGAAUACUUAGAUUACAUAAGUUUAUUAAUUUUCUUGGAUGUACCAUCGUCGAAGGAGGCAAGAGGAGUCCAUUUAGAUAAUUUAUUCCAAGCUGUAGAUAAUAUAAUAGAUAUCAGUCUAUACAUCACUCUCACCAGUGGAAUUCCUCCAGAAAACCAGAGUUACCUUAAAGAUACGAUCAUUGAAACCGCCACCGUAGUGACGUCAACAGCAGCAGAAAGUACUGCCACCGUUGGCAUAGAAACGGCUGCCAUGGCAAUGGGUCAGGCCGCAGCUGGGGUUGCUCUUUCGGUUCUUGUAGAUGUUGCAAUAACUGCAGGAAUGGUAACAAGAGCGAAAAUCCGUAGAGACAAAGGAUUAAUUUCCCAGAAAGAGUUCCAAAAGACAGUCCGGGAUAAGCUCUGUGACUCGGGGUGUCAGUUCAUCGGGGGUACCACGGGAACCAUUGUCGGGCAGGUCCUGAUUCCAGUUCCCGUAGUGGGCGCUAUAGUAGGGGGAUUUUGUGGUAGUUUGAUCGGCGCAGGAGUAAGCAAAGGGAUUAUAAAAACCUCAGAGAUCAUUUCCAAGACUCAAGCGUCAAAAUUGAAAGCCAUAACUGAUAAAGAAAGCAAAACCGAUUUGGAUACGAGAUAGGGAAUUCCAAUAUUUAAUGUGGUUGGUGAGGAACAAUUUUUUUUUAUAAACUAUCAACAGAAUUCAUAUAUCUAGGACAAUUGUUGACAUUUGCGAUAAUUUCUUUAAAAUGAAUAAUUCGUAAUUAUUAUUCAGUAUCAUAAAAAUCGAUUUUUUUUACUUGUAAAUACUGCUGGAUAUUUAUAAGAAAGGAAUGCAGCUGAUUUAAUAAAAUUUUGCUAAAAUUAAGAGUUGUGUUUCAUCUUCUUGAAUUUUCGCACGUUACUUUCCUCGCAACCUCGUCGUUUAGAUUUUUCCUGAUUAAAAACCAAAACUUAACAUUUGAAAUAUUUUACAAUUCCCAUCUCUCGACGUUUCUCCUUUUCUCGGCAAAAGGUGUGUGUGUUUUU